CCUUCGACCAUCAGUCUGACAUAUCUUUCGGAGUCGUCGUGACUGUUGACAUCAUGUUGAAGUACGCACUUCUGCUAGUGUUGGGCCUCCUUGUUAAUGAAGCCCAGUGCAACUUUGCCGUCGGAAAUAUUGCCGAAUCCAAGAAUUUGGGGUUCUCAGCUGUGAAUGUGUCUUGCGGUGAUCACUCUUGCGUAGCAUGUUUUGUCACCAGUUUCUUCAAAUUGCCUGUUGCCUAUACCUUCGAAUAUUCACUUAACCCGUACAGGGUCGAAUUCACCGCGGAUGGCGGGGACUACUUUUGGAGGUUUGAUUUCACGCAAGGAGAUCCAAGCCAGUCGUUCCGCCACUGCGCAGAGAUCCUGACUCGAAUAGGCAGUUAUGACGGUGACCCAAAUGGCGUUGCAGUCGACUGGAGAGGCGACCUGUGCUUCGACAACGACAUGUCGGGCAUCACCGUGCCCCCAGACUGCCCCAAUCCGCUCCUCGUGGUCACCACAGAGGGUCACUUGCAAGACGAACGCGUGCGCGGCCUGCAGGCGCUCUUCUGCAAGCCCGCUUAAAAAAAAAAGGACAACAUUAGGCCCUUUGUGGCAGUAGACUGGUAUCAUUAUACGCUAGUUGAACCCGUGACCGCAAAACUAUAUUAAAGAGACCAGUUUUCAUAGAAGUCCAAAUUUCAUAUGACACCAGUAUAUCAAUGUCUUAUGGGCUUCCGUUAACUAAAAAAACCCCAUGUAUUAGCGCACUCGACAUUCACUUGCUGAACUUUUCUCCUGUGAUGGUAAGAUGGUGGCCGCUAAUCUUUUUUCCACAAUAUUGCGAAGGAAGCGAAAUGCAUUGUGGGUAGCGUAGCACCGUGUGCACGCGAUUUUUGACCCUGGUCACCUGAAAAUCUGUCCAAUGAGAGUUAAAAAAAAAAAAAAAAAAAAAACACCUUUGUUAGUAUGUUGGGAACGAGCAAAAGUGGAUACAAGAAAUUAAAUUGGUAAUAACUUAGCAGGAUCGACAUCAGGCCAACUAAUGCAAAACUGAAGGGUUUCCUUGUUUCUGCCCGAAAAUUUACUAGAGAUUCUUUACAAUUAACACCAUUUACACGGGAUAGUACCAGUGUUUGCGAAUAUCUCAUGGGGAAAACAAGAAUGUAUGGCAAGGAUUUGACAACGGACUAGAAAUUGUAAAUAAGAAUGGUGGCGGGAUAAUUUUAACAGCAAGAAAAUAAUGUUUGGCAUUAUCGUUAUACAUUGUAUAUGUUUCGGGAUCUGGGCCAAGAAAAGCCAUGCGCAUCAACUUUGACUCCUUUACAUUUUGAUAAUAACCAUAACACAUGAAGCACUGCUUAACAGUACAUGUUAUGGUACAGUUUUUUUUCCAUUGUUUUAAAAUGUAAUAGUUCAAACAAAAAUACGAAUUGUUAUUAUAAAGGUGUCAUUGAGAGUCCCUUGAAUUCACUUGUUAAAUUGGCAAACGGCGUACAGGGCAACACAUUGCCAGGUGUUGCUGUACUCUCCAUCGUUCCCAGUUAAGCUUUCAACGGGAGAUAUUUCGAAUGUGUACAUGCAAUAAAACAACACCGGUACCGCUCUUCAAAAGAUUGAAGAUCUCUGAAUGUGUGCCGCUAAGAACAACGCCUUAAACCAACGGCUAAUAAAGCCUCUGUAUUGAUGACGUCA